GCCAAAUAUUCCCGCCAAAAUCCCCUCCUUCAACCCUCCGUCGCCGCAAUGAAAGAGAGAGAGGAACCCAUCAUUUCUCUGCAACUGACAGAGAGCGGGGGAGAGGGAGAGAAGAAAUUGAUUUGACUAAAGCUUUUGGGUUUCAGCAAUGUCUGGGUGGGACGAAGGGGCGGUAUAUUACAGCGACCAGGCGGCGGUGCUCGGCGAUGGGUCGGCCGACAACCCCAACUCGGCCGCCGGGACCGCCACCCGUGACUCCGUCAGGACCCUCUUCAAGGAGUUCAUCCGGAACAACGAUUUCCGUUACAGGGAGAGCCUCCUCCAAAACCCUAAGUUCCUCCUCGUCCACAUGGAGGACCUCUACGCGUUCAAUCGUGAUCUUGCCCUCGCCGACCUCCUCCGCUCCGCCCCUGCUGAUUAUUUGCCCCUCUUUGAGUCCGCAGCAGCCGAGGUUUUGGUGAGCUUGAGGUCGAAGAAGUCAGGGGAGACCGGUGAAAUGGAGGAGCCCGAGGUCCCGCCAGUUCAGAUCUUGCUGACUUCCAAGGAAGAUCCCGUGUCUCUGCGGUCUCUCGGGGCACAAUACAUAUCGAAGCUGGUCAAAAUAUCAGGGAUUACCAUAGCUGCUUCCAGGACCAAAGCCAAAGCCAUCACAGUGAAGCUAGUAUGUAAAAACUGUAGAAAUGUGAAGGAGGUCCCGUGUCGUCCAGGUCUUGGUGGCGCCAUUGUUCCUAGAUCGUGCGACCAUAUCCCACAGCCUGGAGAGGAGCCAUGUCCACUUGAUCCAUGGCUUGUGGUCCCUGACCAGAGCAUGUAUGUGGACCAACAGACCCUCAAGUUGCAAGAGAAUCCCGAGGAUGUGCCCACUGGUGAGCUUCCAAGAAAUAUGCUUCUCUCAGUGGACCGCCAUCUUGUCCAAACAAUUGUGCCUGGCACGAGAUUGACCAUCAUGGGGAUAUACAGCAUCUUCCAGUCUUCCAAUUCAUCAGCCUCCCACCGAGGAGCAGUCGCGGUAAGACAGCCUUAUAUUAGGGUUGUUGGGCAAGAGGAGACAAAUGAAGCCAGCUCCAGAGGUCCUGCUUCUUUCACUUCUGAGGAGGUUGAAGAAUUUAAAAAGUUUGCAUCAGAACCCGACGCAUACAAACGCAUAUGCUCCAAAAUUGCCCCAUCCAUAUUCGGUCAUGAGGAUGUGAAAAAGGCCGUGUCCUGUCUUUUGUUUGGAGGAUCAAGGAAGAUUUUGCCUGAUGGUGUGAGGCUCAGGGGUGAUAUAAAUGUGCUGCUUCUUGGGGAUCCAUCCACAGCCAAGUCACAGUUUCUGAAAUUUGUUGAAAAGACAGCGCCAAUUGCUGUUUAUACUUCGGGAAAGGGUUCAUCAGCAGCUGGUCUUACGGCUUCUGUGAUUCGAGAUGGCAGCUCACGUGAGUUCUAUCUUGAAGGAGGAGCCAUGGUUUUGGCUGAUGGAGGAGUAGUAUGUAUCGAUGAGUUCGACAAAAUGAGACCUGAGGAUAGGGUUGCUAUUCAUGAAGCCAUGGAGCAGCAAACUAUCUCUAUUGCCAAAGCCGGCAUAACUACAGUCCUGAACUCCAGAACCUCUGUGCUUGCUGCUGCUAAUCCUCCAUCAGGACGCUACGAUGAUCUUAAGACUGCACAGGAUAACAUUGAUCUGCAAACAACAAUUCUUUCUAGAUUCGAUCUGAUCUUUAUUGUCAAAGAUAUUAGGAUGUACAGUCAAGAUAAGAUUAUAGCAAGCCAUAUCAUAAAAGUGCAUGCAUCAGCUGAUGCAAUCUCAGCAGACAGCAGACCUUCUAAGGAAGAAAAUUGGCUGAAAAGGUAUAUUCAGUAUUGUCGAGCUCAGUGUCAUCCCCGUCUUUCGGAAUCUGCAUCUACGAUGCUGCAGAACAGUUAUGUUACAAUUAGACAGGACAUGAGGCAGCAGGCUAAUGAUACAGGUGAAGCUGCAGCUAUUCCCAUCACCGUAAGACAGUUGGAGGCAAUUGUUAGGCUAAGUGAGGCACUAGCAAAAAUGAAACUGUCCCACAUCGCUACUGAGGAGAACGUGCAGGAAGCAAUUAGACUCUUUACCGUAUCUACAAUGGAUGCAGCUCGCUCUGGGAUAAACCAGCAAUUGAAUCUUACUCCUGAAAUGGCAAAUGAGAUAAAGCAAGCAGAGACCCAAAUAAAGAGAAGGGUUGGGAUUGGGAACCACAUAUCAGAAAGGAAGCUGAUCGAUGAGCUCGUCAGGAUGGGGAUGAAUGAGUCAAUAGUGAGAAGGGCUCUUAUAAUCAUGCACCAGAGGGAUGAGGUUGAGUAUAAGCGGGAAAGGCGUAUCAUCCUUCGAAAAGCUUGAUGCAAUUCAUUAUUGGGAAAUGACGAGGGAUCCGAGGAAACCCUCUACAUGCCUGCCAUUCUAAUUUGGAACAAACGGUGUUAGAUACUGUCAAACUGGCCUUUACAUGUACAUGAGACGAGUCCUUCAAAAAAUUAUGUAUUUCGAGAGAUGCCAAUGAGAAGGGCUGGAAGGGUUCAUAAGGGCUGAUAUGAUGAGAUUAUGUAGCUGAAGAGAUCUUGGAUUAGGUGAUUUUAGGUGAGAAGUUUGGGAGGCUCUUAGAAGCCGAUGAGAUUAGGUUGCUAUCUGAAUUUAUAUGUACGCGAGGUUGCCAAUCGGAAAAAUUAUGCAGUUUUCGAGCUCUCUGUGAUCUGAAAAUUGCUACAUCA